UCAAAAUUAGUUUUUUGAGAAUUCAUAACGUAUGAAUUGAAAUCCCUAAUAUACUGCGUUGUCGCGGGAAUCAAAAGUGUUCUGUAAAAUUCCUACUUGCGAUUCAACUAUUAUCACUUUCUGUGACUCUUUCUUCUCUACUCAACCACGAAACUGCUUCCAUAAUUGCUUCUUCCAACGAUGGAGGAACAAAUCUCAUUCAAGAAUCUUCAUAGCAGAGAGUACUCCGGUCACAAGAAAAAGGUGCACUCAGUGGCUUGGAAUUGCAUUGGUACAAAACUUGCUUCUGGCUCUGUUGAUCAAACGGCUCGAAUUUGGCAUAUUGAGCCACAUGGCCAUGGUAAGGUCAAAGAUAUUGAAUUGAAGGGUCACACUGAUAGUGUGGAUCAGCUAUGCUGGGAUCCUAAACAUGCUGAUCUUAUUGCAACUGCAUCGGGUGACAAGACUGUUCGUCUGUGGGAUGCUCGUAGUGGAAAAUGCUCACAACAGGCAGAACUUAGUGGGGAGAAUAUCAACAUUACGUACAAACCGGAUGGUACUCAUGUAGCUGUAGGUAAUAGGGAUGAUGAAUUAACAAUAUUGGAUGUUCGGAAAUUCAAACCAAUUCAUAGGCGCAAGUUCAACUAUGAGGUAAAUGAGAUUGCUUGGAACAUGACUGGCGAGAUGUUUUUCUUAACAACAGGAAAUGGGACUGUUGAAGUAUUGUCUUAUCCAUCUCUACGACCUCUUGAUACCCUCAUGGCUCAUACAGCUGGUUGUUAUUGCAUUGCAAUUGACCCUACAGGAAGACAUUUUGCUGUUGGAAGUGCUGAUUCCCUUGUCAGCUUGUGGGUUAUCUCGGAGAUGCUUUGUGUGCGUACCUUUACAAAGCUCGAAUGGCCCGUUCGGACCAUUAGUUUCAAUCAUACUGGGGACUUGAUUGCUUCAGCAAGUGAGGACUUGUUCAUUGAUAUUUCAAAUGUUCAUACUGGAAAGACAGUGCAUCAGAUUCCUUGUAGGGCUGCCAUGAAUAGUGUUGAGUGGAAUCCUAAAUACAAUGUACUUGCAUAUGCUGGUGAUGACAAAAACAAGUAUCAGGCUGAUGAAGGUGUUUUUCGAAUUUUUGGUUUUGAAAAUGCUUAAUAUUUGGCAAUUGGCGUAUACACAUUUUCCUUGGUAGUUAAGAAUGCCAACGAAGGACAAGAAGAACUCAGAGAAAAAGAUGAGAUGUCCGAUAUUCCUUAUGGAGAUUAAUUUAAUACAUCAUUGUAGCUAACGGCUAAUAUUUUGUUUUUAAGAUUUUGGAUAAAUUACACAUCUUUCUAUUUUUGUAUCAAAACUUCUAUUUUAGCAUCAAUGGAUCUUUCAAUGUAUUUACACAUAA